GGGCGGGGAGGAGCGGGGCCUGAUAAAAGGCGGCAAGGCGGCCCCACCCCCGCGGCAGGCCGGCGGGCAAGCUCCGCGCGUCCCUUCCGUCCCGCCCGCGCCGGCGGCGGGGAGGCGGCGCGCGCGGCCCGCAGCCCGCCCAUGGAGGCUUUCCCCUGGGCGCCCCACUCGCCCCGCCGCGGCCGCGCCCCCCCGCCCAUGGCGCUCGUGCCCAGCGCCCACUACGUGAGCGCCCAGGGCCCAGCGCACCCGCAACCCUUCAGCUCGUGGAACGACUAUCUGGGGCUUGCCACGCUCAUCACCAAGGCGGUGGACGGCGAGCAACGCUUCGGCUGCGCCCGCGGCGGAAACGGAGACCGCGGCGGCGGCGGCUCCCCGCCCUCCUCUUCCUCCUCGUCCUGCUGCUCUCCCCACGCGGGGACCGGGCCCGGGGCGCUGGGGCCGGCGCUGGGGCCGCCGGACUACGAAGAGGAUGACGACGACGACAGCGACGACCCGGGGUCCCGGGCCCGCUACCUGGGGGGCGCGCUGGACCUGUGCGCGGGCCCCGCCGAGGCCGGGCUGCUGGAGGAGCGCUUCGCCGAGCUGAGCCCGUUCGCUGGUCGCGCCGCCGCCGUGCUGCUGGGCUGCGCGCCCGCCGUGGCGGCCACCGCCGAGGCGGCACCACGCGAGGAGCGGGCCCUGGCGUGGGCGGCCGAACCCCGGCUGCACGCGGCCUCCGGGGCGGCCGCCGCCCGGCUGCUCAAGCCCGAGCUGCAGGUGUGCGUGUUUUGCCGGAACAACAAGGAGGCGGUGGCGCUCUACACCACCCACAUCCUGAAGGGACCCGACGGGCGAGUGCUGUGCCCGGUGCUGCGCCGCUACACGUGUCCCCUGUGCGGGGCCAGCGGCGACAACGCGCACACCAUCAAGUACUGUCCGCUCUCCAAAGUGCCGCCGCCCGCCGCCCGGCCGGCCCCGCGCUGCCCCAGGGACGGCCUGCCCGGCAAGAAGCUGCGCUGAGGCCGGCCCGCCACCGCCGGAGGCCACCGGGGUCGCCGCCCCCCACUCUCCUGUUUGGUCUGCGCACCGUCUCUUCCUGUUGGGGAGGCGUGGAGCUCGGUCCUCGGUUCUCCUUGGGAUGUCGUCUUGGUUUUUGUUUUGUUUUUUCAAAGCAAGCCGGCCGUUCGGAGUCCUGUGGUUGAGACAAGACGCUAAAAUCUUGAUUUAUCUCUAGUUUCUAGUCUGUGCACAUCCGGACGGUGAAGGCUGUGUAUCCCACUAACGGAAACGUGGCAACUUAGAGGCGCUAUUUAUUUACUCUAUACUUCAACCUAUUUUAGAUGCGCAUCGGAAUGAAAUUGUCUCAGUCUAAUCUUGGGUGUUUAAUUGUAUUAAUGGAGGCACUUUACUAGGUCUAGAAUAUUUUUUUAAAAGCCUCUUUAUUGAACUUAGAAGUGGCGAUUUUAUGGAAUGUCGGCAAAAUGACUUUUAUUGUUUGAAACAGUAUUUAGUUGUCCUUACUCAGUUAUUCUAAUUCCAGGUGAAGCGAGCCCCUGGUAGAGUCCGCUUGGAGAAGGGAAGGUUUAGUAAACUUUCCGGUAUUACUUUGUGUGGGCAUUCCCUCCGUGUGGCUUGUUUCUGUCCUAGCGGGAGGUGUAAAAACGCACCGUCUGUAGCAGGUAGAACACAGCUCCUUAUUCUCUUAUGUACCAGGUCUUUUAUUACUUAAGUAGCAACUAACAUUUCCCACCUUUAAAAAAUGUGCCGCUAUAAAUCAUGUUGUGUAUACACUUGGAAAUGGUGCUGUUAAAAGAAAUUGACUUGUGUAUUUAUACAGUAACAGUAUAUGAAUUCAUUACUCUUACCUA